AUUAUUUCGCCGCUGAUCGCGAUGUUAGUGGAAAUACGCUUCUCAUUUUCGUCGAUAAUGUUACAAAACGCGGGGUUUUAAGAUUAUGUAACAGUCGCUGUAAGACUCAUGCUGUAACCUAAAGAGAGAUGUGAUUUAAUUGUGAUAACAGAAUAAUAUAUUGAAUACACGCGGGAAAAGGCGGGUGCUUUAUUUUAAAUUAAUACUUCUUCAUUUUAUUAUUUCUAAAUUUUCUAAUUUUCAAUUUACCCGCUUUGAAGCAUUUUAAAUUACAACAAUUUAAAAUAGCACAACAAAAAAUUAGUUGAUGAAUGAGUGGAAAAGUGCGGUCUUGUUAAGAUUUUCAAUGGAAAAUUAAACGGACAAAUUAGAUGGUAAUAGUAGGCAUUUUCGAAGGAAGUGUGUUUUGAGAAAAUGGGAAAGAAGGCUAGGAAAACUAGAUGGAGGACAUUGGAAAUUACCGAUGAACAAAGCGAUAGCGAGGAAUCACACAUUACCAAUAAUUCUCCGAAAUUAUCGAAAACUUUCCAACAAAAAUCGUAUUGCAACAAACUACCAUACUCUAGUCAAUCGACCCCGCGACGAAAGUUCCAGCACGAUUCUACCAAAUCGACAAGAAGUAGCAGCACGGCAAGCGAAAAUAAAAUUACAUUCAACGAAGAUGAGUACACUAGAAUCACAACUCCUCGACAAGACGUCCUGUUUAAAAAAGGUUAUUUAAGUAAACCGAAAACCUACCAAAUGCAGACGUCUACUGGUACUUCCACCACUUCCGCGAGCAACUCUACAGGAAACGGAACUCCCGAUCAUCAAUCUACAGACUUGGAAUACGAUUCGCAGUUCGUCUUCCCCAACGGUUUCGUUGACCAUAAUGGAAUUUAUUAUGUGAAUAGUUUCGAACCGUACCCCCUGAUGUUAUAUAAUCCCCCUACGUAUUACACCGAAAUCACGAAUCCAAAAUCCAAGAGGUAUAGCAUCGGUUCGUUGACGGAAUCGACUAGUCCGAACAACGAAGAAGCAACCAGUCAAGAUUUAAGUGGUGGAGAAACAAAUAAUGUUUCUGAUUACAAUGGCCAUAACGUUUUUAACAUGGUAUACCCAGGGUAUUACUUAAAUGGAGUAUGUCCGCCUCAAGAAGUGGAGGUAGGCGAUUAUCCUACUGAACAAACUAGAAAAAUAAAGAAACGCAGACGUCGAAAGACUUCGAGGUCUCAAAACAAUACUCAAGGGAGCACCGAAUGUAGUGAUGAAGAUGAAGAAAUUAACGACGACGAAAAAUCACCAACAACCGUCCCCAUUUCGAACGCCACUGAGUGUACGAAAGCAGAAGAAAGCUGCAAAAUCAAUGAAGAUGUAAUAGAAAAAGUUGAAAAUGAGGAAAAAACAAUUUCGUCAAUUGAAACCGCUUCUACAGACGAAGUAAAAAGUACUGCGGAAGCACAGAAAUCUUUAAAAUAUGAUUUAAAACCUGAUGCCGAGGAAUUUGUUCCUCGAGCUUUUAGAACACCAGAAAUACCUCUCAGUCCUGUACAGUUUAUUAAAGUACCUCCCAACUUUGUUCCUAUACCAGUAGUACCAUUUAAUGGUCAAGUAAAUCCUUCAUUUAUACCUCCAGGAGGGAUACCAAUCAACUUUAUACCUCCGGAUCCAAAGAUAUUUCCUAAUUUUAUCAAUUUCGUCUCUUCUCCACCUAAAAACGAAGAAAACACUGGUAAACAGCAAGAAAAUAAAAAAGUUACUACGCAUGAACAAAAUAAAAAUGUCUGUCAUACGGUAUCUAACACUGCCAAAUGCGAUACUAACCUACAAACAGAAAAACUUGCGGAAAAAGUUAUCACAAACAGCAAAACUAUCGACAUUGCUACAGUUGUUUCUAAAUUAGAAGAAGCAGCUAAAGAACAAGAAAAUAAGGAAGAGAAUACCACUAAGAUCGAUGCCGAACAAAGUCCUAAGAAAAGACCGUUUAGAAACAAUCAAAAAUAUAAGAAUAGUUUUAAACGAAAUUUUUAUAUCAGCUCAAGAAAUUCACCACAAAAUGGUGAUACGCAUGUCACAGAAUCCAAUGAAAUCAAACAUAUCCACCAAGAAGGCCAAAAUGAAUUCCAAAUUGAAGAAAAGUUUAUAAAAAAUAGUCCUGAACGAUUUAGAAGAAACUGGAAGGCUCAUUCUAAUACCAAUCCCAAAUGGCAGCAAAAAAGUCCUAAACAAAACCCAAAACAAAUGGAAGAUAUUAAAAAUGCUGCAACAACUAACAGAAUCAAUAAUUCACAAUUAGAAUCGCCAAAACUUGUACAAACAUCUCCAAAAACUAGUCAACCAAAACUUCCAGACCAAUGGAUUUCAGUAUCGAGUCGAAAGAAACGUAAAACUAAGAACCUAGAAGAAAACGAUGUGACUUUUGAUGAUACUACACCUAUAGAAGAAGAUAAAGAUGAUCAAUUCGAAAGUUACGACGUCAAUUUACUAGUCGAUGUAAUUCCUCCAAGUAAAAUGGAAGAAGAAACAUUAACCGUUGAAAUAACCGAAGAAAAAAUAGAAGAAAUCAUUAACAACAUAGCACAAACAGAAUCUGACAAUAUUCAAAACAAUUGUCUAACGUCAGAUGUAAAAUUAGUUACGGAAAUCGAAAACGAAAUGAUUGUUAAAGAAGAUAUCGAGAAAAAAGAAGAAGUAACUACCGUUGUUUCUUCUGAUAUUAUAGAAGAAAUUGAAGUUACUGAAGAUAAUAAUAUUACGAAGAAAAAAUCGAAAAAAAAUUCUCAAAAACCAGUAACGAAGAAAGUGAUAAUUACAGAUAUAGAUUUGUCUGAUAAAUUUGAUAUACCGAAGACACCAAUAAAGAAGAUCGUUAAAAAAGUGGAUAAACAACUUCAGAAUGUAGAAGUAAUUGGAGUAGAAGAAGAUUGUGAAGAAAUUGAAGCACCCGUUAAGACUGAAGUAAUUGAACAAGUGGAAGUAAAGAAAGGCAAAAAGAAAAAGAAAAAACCUUCAAAAGCAGUCAUCGCUUCCAGUUUAUCCAGUUCGACGAGUACGUUACCUGUUACUGAAGAUGCUUACGAUAUUUUAUUAGAUACUCAUUUGGCAGUCGAAACAGGCAAAACUAACGACGAAAUAUCGAUGGAGCUAAAUAAAUUGAUCCAAAAAGGAAUGUACAGUAACUUGGAGGAAAAGAUGAAGUCACUUAAUAUAACUGAGGGAGAUGGUUUCUUCAAGUCGAUAUUCAGCAAGAUACCGUUAAGUGAGAAGGCGGAAGCGACUGGUUUCUUGAAAUCGCCCGAUUUUACGAAAAUCCCUCUGUUCAAAGCAGAUCCGGUAAGUGACGAACAAUCUUUAGAAAGUAAACAAACUAAUGACCAAUUAAAUGCUUCAGACUCGCCGGAGGUUUUUCUAGAACAUCCAGAUCGACGUGAAGAAGAGACCCAAGAUAUACCUGAAGAACCGAAAAGUCUCUAUCCCAUCACUGAGGCUGUGAAAGAAUGGAUGUGUCGAACGAGGGAAACAACUCCCGAUGUCGAAAUUUUCAAAAAUCCAUCGAUCAUUUAUAAAGAAUUUUGUGAUUCGAAGAACAGUGAUACUGAAAUAGUUUUAAACGUACUUUCUGACGAACAAAGUGUUAGUGUCGAAGAAGACGAUGAAGAAAUUACACUUUUUACUAGUAAAGACGCUAAUUCCAGUGACGAAAAUACCGAGGAUUUUCUGGAAUAUUGGGAGGACUUAAAAACUGACGAUCAGAUAUCGGUAAAAUCUAACGACGAUGUUAAUAAAAUAGACGACGAAGACGAAUUGGAAGUUUAUGAAAGUAAAUACGGAAAAAAUGAGGAUUUCUUGAAUUUACAACAAGAAAUCAGACAAAAAUCGAAUAUUUCUAUUCCGAAACGUAACGAUUUACCUCACAGAGCGGUAUGUUGUAAUAUUAUGUAAUAAUUUUUUUAUUAUCAUUAGUUAUUGCUGUUUAAACGCUACAAAAUGAUCAACUGAAGGUACUAAGUCAAUUGAAAUGUUUGAAAUAUUGAAAAAAAAUCAAAAUUUCUCAUUUAUCAUUAAGAAAACAAUAAUUUUGCUACAAAAAAAUUUUUUCACAUACGUACUUCAAUUUUAACAAUAUAUUAAAGAAUUAUUGGUUUAUUAUAAACUGAAAACCUUUUAAAUAUCUAAAUCAUUAACUAAAACGACGAUAGAAAAGUUUUUUACAAUGUAUAUCAGCUCAACAGGCCUGCCUGGUUCGCGACUUCGAGAUCUUUCACUCAUUUUUCGUGCUUUUUGCCUGUUCUUCACUGCUAAUAUUCUCAAACCUCUUCGUUCCUUAUUAAACUAUUUGUUUGUCGGCCUUCCUCUUCUAUUUUGUCCAUUUUCUGUCUAUGUGGCACUCAGCUUCGAGUUCUUUCAAUCUUUCGUUCCUUUUUUCUGUUUUUAGCCUGUUCCUCACUCCCACUGUUCUCAAAUCUCUUCUUACUUUCCCCAACUACUUUUUCCCUGGUCUUCCUCUUCUUUUUCCUCACAAUUUUUACAUUUUUACCCAAUUAUCAGGCCUAUCUGGCCCUCGGAUUCGCGAUCUUUCACUCUUUUCCUUUUUUUGUAUUUGUUGCCUCCUUUUCACUCCCACUGUUCUCAAAUCUCUCCUAAAAUUCUUCAACCAUUUCUUCCUCUUCUCUUUUUCCAUCUUCUCCACCUUUUAAUAUUUGUUUUACCCAUCCAAAUUGUACCUACAUGUCCCAACCAUCUUGCUCUCUGUGCUUCAAUUAUAUGGGUUAUACUUGAGGGUUUGUCUUUUUCUGUAAACUGUAAACAUCUUUUUUAUCCCUCAAUCCAAUAUAAAUACACUUGAAAAAUGUUUAUUUGUAAUAAAGGAAUUUUCACAUAACCUAAAAUUCAUACUCGUAAAAAGACAUUUUAAACAAUUCUUUACUUUCAUCAUGUAUGGUCUUUGUAUAUUUAGAUACUUUACUUGAGUAUAUAUCUCCCAUAAUGUACAAAUCAUGGUAACACUGCAGAAAAUGUCACUUAAAAGUUACAUGUGACGUGAUUUGAUGUACGGUAUAAUAGAGGUCACUGAAAAAACUGUAAAAAAUAGCUAAACUAAGAAAAAUAUAGAAAUUUUUCAGUUUCUAUUGUGAUAUUUAAAAAAAAAUUGAAAAUAUUCAGUUAGUCUUGUUGUUUUAGUCUCUUUAGUCAAAUAAAUAUUACGCUAAUUUGGCGUUUUCGCAGAAUCCAUUUAUCGAAAUCCCCCUGAAAAUAGUACUUCCGCUUUUACUAUUAAUAGAAUAGAUUGACUUCCGUUUAAUCUAUUUCGCAGUUAUCUGCUAAUUCAGAUAAUCGAGAUUAACCGCCUUCCACUCACUAAAAUGGAGGAAUCAAAAAGAUGGUGGACCAUAAAAUGGAACCGUUUUGCGGUCUGCUUAACAACAUCAUGAGACUUCCCUAUUAUCGAAUGAAUAUUAUUUUUGACUUUUUUCUUAGUGUACGUCCUUAACGUCUUCAAUCAAGCCCCAAUCUUAUAAAUCCCUCAAAAUAAUUAAUUGAAUUAAUUCAUAAAUCCACUACAAAAAGUCGAAUCAAUCCGAUUAUUAGAAGGAUUAAUAUUUUUAUUAUAAUUAUCAACCUGGCAGAAACGAAAAUGGUUUUGUAUGACAUUGUGGACAAAAAUCACAAAUGUGCACCUAUUAUUCUGAAAUACCUCGUAUCUUUAUGCUUAUUUCAAUUCAAAAACUGUAAAUUAUACUAAUUUCAAUGAUUUUCAUCUGGUUAAAAAAAACCUAAAUAAUAAUUUGUGAGUUAACAACAGAUCAGAUAAAGAUCUGUUGAAUUUCAAAUGCUAACUAACCAUGUAACUGCAGACUGGAUUAUUUCAUCACAUCGCUAAAUUUAAAAAAAAAUAAUCACAUCGUUAUAUUCCAGCUGUUACUAUUUUAACUACUGAACCUUUCCAUCUCUAUUAAUUAUAAGAACUAGUGUAAAUUGGACUGAUAAUUUUAAUUAGUACCUUUAGUUUCAUAUUUAAUCAUUGUUUGGCGAAAUAAACAGCAACUUUUAAUAGGUGUUUGACGAAUAGAUAUUAUACAGUACUUAACAUAAAAACUUUCGUCUCAUACCUACCUACAUUUUUUUGUACCUUUCCAUGUGUAUAUAUCAUUUGUUGAUCAUUCACACCUUAUAUUAGAAUAAUUAUGCAAUAAUCAGGUAUCUAAACCUAUUGACCAGUUGAUAAUUUGGUUGAAAUAUAUAAACUUCAAUGUAUAUUUUAGUAUAUUGUUGAAAUAAUAUUAAUUGGAGUGCACAUAAAAAUAUAAUACACGAUUCGUUUAUACAUACAAUGUUGCAAAUUUCAAACGGUCUGUUUGAAUAUUAUGACGCCGAAUGGAUGAAAUCUUUGAAAAACAUUUAUUUAUAUAUUUACAUUGGAGUCAUAUAAAUAGUAUUUAUUAAAUUUUUACUAAGAUUUUCUUCAAAAAAUGACGAAAUUUUUGUUUAAAAUUGGAUUGAAUUGAAAUUUGCUCUAUUAUACAUUAAAAAUUGUUAUUUAUAGGACUUUUCGGAAACUAUAACCUCAGUUUAGAUAAAUAACCUUUCAGUUGUUGCGGAUCCCAGAACGAGAUUUAGAUCACAGUUUCCGAACGUCACGUUCAAUUUUCGGUGGAAAUUUCAAAUUUAAAACAUGAUCUACAAGUUCUGUACGAAGUUUGCACUAAAGUAUGAAAAUCGCAAACCUCAGUAACCUAUCAAUGACGUUGCUCGUGAGAAUUAAUAGUAGACAGCCAUUUUUAAGUUCAAACAACCAUAGACAAAUGAGAGAACCCUGAUCGCAUUUACCCACCAGUCUAUACCAGAACUUUUCCUCAAAUCAUAGGAUGGCUCAUUCUUUAAUCUGACGGCUAUUAUUAUAGUGUUUAAAAAAAUCGCCAUUUUGAAAUACUCAAACACGUCAGAUUAAGAUAUACCAAGUUCACCCAAACUAUGAACGCGAUCCGCUAGUUACCGAACGUGAUUUAACACGAUCAUAGUUUCCGAAAACGUCAUUAUAUAGUACAUAAAUUUCUACCAAACAGAUGCUCAGGUAUUUGUAAAUAAUGACACAUGUCAUGGGUUAAAAAUGACAUUUUUAGAUUUUAAAAUCGAUUUUCCAAAAGAAUACACCAAGUUUUUUUCUGUAAAUUGACCCCCUUUUAAUGGUGGUUUGUUAGACUAAAUCAACAAAUUUUUUUCAAAGUAAUUUCAAAAAAUGAAAUAUAUAUAGGGUGGAUAAUAUAUCAAGUGCAAUUUUAUAUUGUCAAAUGAUAUAAUUCUGUUUUUGAUAAUGUUAGUGAUUUCUGUAUUGUUAAAGUAAAUUGUCUCAUUCAAUAAAAGAUAAAAAACGUUUUCAAAGAUGUUAAAUCCUGACUAUUUGGUGGUUAAGAAAUGGGUACGUUAUAACCAGUCGAAAUAUCAGAUCAAAUGUUACCAAAUUUCGAAAAUUAUUUGCAGGAUGCUCCAAUUCUUCAGUGGAAACUAAUAAUUUCAAUGGUUGGCAGUUUUUUUUAAAUAUUUUUUUGUUACCAAUUAUGAUCCCCAAAAUUUUAUAUCUAGUCCCUAAUUUUUUUAUAUUUUGGAUGACUUGAAUGUUCUUCAGUCCAUACUAUAAAAUUGUGAUUUGUAUGACCUAAAGUGGCUCUUUUUAUAUUUGGUCAUGAUUUUUUUUCUAAUCAAAAUGAACAAAAUUGAUAUUAAGCUUUAUUUUUCACCUUUAAUUCCCGAGUUUUGUUGUGCGAAUCUUUAAAAUUAACUUUGAAUUAACUACAUAAUGUAUAUACCCAUCAAAAUAUGUACCUAAUUUCACGGAUUUUACUGCAUCUAACUAGAACUAGACAAAAAUAAAAAAGUGUUUACAGACGUCUCAAUAUAUUAUCCACCCUGUCUAGAAACCAAAAAAAAAAAAUUAAUUGAUGGGAUGAUUAGAUGAUUCCGUUAAUGGCGACAUACUGUUAUUGGUAAAAUGCUCAAAAUGUUAUUGAGUUGUUGAGAUAUAUUGAUGAAAAUGUUUUAAUAACGAAUGUCAUUUCGGAGACUGAAUGUUCUCAUAUUUCUUUAAACGGAACAGCCAAAGAAAACUUUAGGCUGAUCUCUUGAUAUUUAAAAUCCUUAUUGUAAAAAUUAGUUGAAAUAAUUCUGUUGAAAAAGUAAUUCUAAUCCAAAAUCCAAAAAAAUCAUAUUUCAAAUAUUUAAACAGUUCGGACGUUAAAGCUGUUUUUUGUAUGGUAGAAUUUGGGAAUAUAAAGUAUAACAAAAGCACCUUGAAAUUAUUAUUAUAACAAACAUUGAGCUCCCUAUAAUUUCGUUGUAAUCUGCACGCCACUGUGUUAAUAGAACUUUACUAAACUUCAAUUGCAAACAAAAGAUUUUUAAAUAAAAUAACGGAGAUAUUUUUUGCAUUUUUAUAUUUAUUUAAACAAAUUUCUAUAUUAGAAAUCGUACUUAUUACUGACCUGUCUACAAAUAUUGUUACAAUUAGGCUGCUCCCUGAUCUAUUGGUAUCGUUUCCAGCAUUUACCCCAAUGCAGAUUGGAUACCGCGUAAAAAAGCUCCCUAUGAUAUCUGUAUGAAUUUACAUAAAAUGUUUAGAACUGCUUUUACCGUGAAAGCAACAUGUCUUCCAGCAGCGAAGAUAAAGUUAUAACGAUGUUUGUUUAUUUGCAAUUGAAAAGAAUUUUGUAGUUGGGCACCUAAGGAAUUAUCUCUAGAUGAUAAAAAUUUUAACUCUAAGUUCAGAAUAACCUCUAUUUUAACAUUAUUUAAUGCAAAAAAUGCGAAAUAAUGUUAAAUAUUCCGCAUCUACUCAAUCAGGUGAUGCAGUGUCUCGACUGAUAUGGUAUACAGGCACAGGGAGAGCAAAUCGUACCUAAAACGAAUCCUACCGACCAAUCCGAAAGUUUCUAUUUGAUAACAUAGCGUCCAUAUGUAUGCGGUACAGACUAGGGAUGUUCAUACAAAAAAAGUAUCGAUAUUUUUCUCGAUAUAGUAUAUCGAUAUUUUCGAUAUAUCGUAAAUGAUUGCCAGCCGUUUUAACAUGUUUUUGACAUAGCUUGCAUUUGACAGUUAUCACGUUAAUUUUUUCGAAUAUUCCCAAACAAUACUUUUUUUUUGUUAGGUCGAAAAGAAUCGUAGUUUCCGAUAAAAAAAGAACAGUGCAAAAACCAGAAGAAAAACAGUCAAAAAAAUAAUGAAAUAAAUCCAUCUAUAUUAAUCGACUAUGCCCCAUCUCUAAUACUUUUGAAAUUAAAAACAAUGGUCAAUUUACCACAUAAUAUCAGCACUUUAAAAUCACGUUAUACCUCGUUUUUGAAUCUUAAACUGUAGUAAACAAAACAGAUAACAGUUGUCACAGCUUCAUGCGCGCAAAAGAUGCGCAGUACUAACUGAAGCGCUCGGAGGAGAGAGAGAACGAUACACUAUUUGUUUCACUUUAGGAACUGUCCAUAUAGAAGUAUUACAUAUAUGAAACAUCGGAUGAAAAAUAUCGAUAAAUAUAUAUCGAUGCUAGAUGAUAUCGGAUUGAUGCGAUAUAUCGCGAACAAAUAUCGAUAUGAGGCUGCCAGUUCGGUAAAAAACUGUACUUGCUAAUGAGGGAGCAGCUUUACUCAAAAACACCCUUUAUAAACAUUAUGUAUUACUUUUUCGCAAAUGUCCUGUAUUUUGUAUCUAUCAAUAAAUGGACUUUUCAACUAAUUUUUUUAAAACACUUUGAACUUUUCUAAUUAUAUGAAUUAUCGAAUAUGCGAUAUACGAUUUUGUAUAGUUAAUUGUUUUAAAUUUUGUUUUUUUUAUCGUUGAAACCGUUACUAUUAUAAUAUUUCUAAAAAGGUGGGGGUCAUCACCUUUUUAAUUAUAUAGUGAUGCCACAUCUGUAUAAUUAAGUUGGAAACGUAUGAUUUUUAUUUUAUUUUAAAAUAAUUCACUAUAGGUGCCAAGCUUAAUUAUCAUGUUUACUUGCAUUAGAAUGUGUAUUUUCCCCGAAUUUCAUAUAUACUGCCAAUUACUUUGAAUUCUAAGUUAAACUAAGUCCUAGUACUAAUUAAUACUAAAGUAUCCUUUGUGGAAGUAUUUAAUCCAAAUUGUAGUGUCGAAAAUUAUCAAAAAAAAACUAAAGCUAGUCUCGAAAUCAGUUAUAAAAUAAAUAUUUAUUAAAUUUAAUUAGCUAUAAUUUUAAUUUCGAAAACUAGAUUAUGUAAAUGAUUCUGUAGAUUAGAUAAUCAAUUAAAUAAGUAGAAAUUUAGCCUGAAAUUUUAAUAUAACUUUUUUCAAAAAAUUUUUUCUUUUGUCGAUUGGCAAUAUAUAAGAGAUUUAGCCUCGUUUUUUGAAAAAAGCUGUGUGUUUUUGAAAGACGAAUGCAUGUUCCCCAAAAAUAUAUCAAAAGUGGCUUAACGCACGUCUAUGACAAUAUAUUGUUACAAAGGGGAAAUAUAAAUUAAUUUUUAUUAAAAAUUAAGUUUAAGUGAACUGACGUUAAAGUAUGUAAGUUUCUAAAUAAUUUUAUUCGUUUUUUUUCUCUUGUUGUUCAGAUAUGUAUAUGUAUAGAUUUUUGGUUGUUCUUAUAUCAAUUAAGUUUUGUUGAUAAAUGGUUGGUUAUUUUUUUGAGAUUUGUGCCUUUGCGAUAUUUGUAAAAUAAAUAAAAAUUCA